UGUGGCGUGCUUGUGUUGUGUUACUGAAAACUUCACUGAAAUCUAGUUUAAUGGAGAUUUUCUUUACCAUAUACAUGUGUUGAAUGUGUUAGACUAAGUUUUAUUCGGUUCUGUGACGACGAUUUUAGACUGAAUCGAAAUUGUUAUAAAGUUGAAGACAGUUGCUGUGCUUGUGCAGUCUUUGUAUCGUAUGGUUGAUGUACAGCCUGGUGUCAGAGUUGAAACCGUCUGUAGACCUGUGACGAGGCGCAACACGCCCUUGAAAAGAACAUUGUGUGCAGUGAUAUUGUAUUUUGAUUUCGAGGAUUAUUUAUGUAAAUUCCCAUCGUGUUUCAUCAAUGCCAAGUCUGAUUGUGUACUACUUUUGUGCCUGAAUGUAUUUUGUGACGGAUAUAUAAGUAAGCGAUAAGUGCUUUAAUAAUAAUAGGCUUUGAACUUGUCAGAACGAGUUUAAACCGAUCGCUCAAACGACGAAUCUUCGAAAACUUCGAAAUCAGUAAGAGUCUGAGCAUUGAGAACCUUCGUAUUGGAAGUCGAUUAAAGAAUAGAAACAACCAUUCAAGAAAAUAAACUUUGACGUAUAAACGUAGAAUAUCCCCAAAAUGACGACGAAACUCUUUAAUCGAUUAGCUCAAAUGGGUGUAGGUGUUGCUCUUAUAGGUGGAGUGGCCAACAACGCCCUGUAUAAUGUCGAUGGCGGCGAGAGAGCUGUCAUAUUUGACAGGUUUUCAGGCAUCAACGAGGCUGUAGUCGGCGAAGGGACACACUUCAUCAUCCCAUGGGUCCAAAAACCUAUAAUCUUCGAUGUGAAGUCAAACCCUCAAAACAUCUCGACCAGAACUGGUAGCAAGGAUCUACAGAGAGUGGAAAUUACUUUAAGAAUCUUAUACCGACCAGUGCCAGAUGAACUACCAAAAAUAUAUUCCAGUUUGGGCGAGGAUUAUGCUCAAAGAGUACUUCCUUCCAUAACGGGAGAAGUUUUAAAAGCAAUUGUCGCUCAGUUUAAUGCCAGCGAACUAAUCAACCAGCGAGAGAUGGUCUCUUUCAAGGUCAACGAAAGCCUAACUGAGAGAGCUUCACAAUUUGGUCUGAUCCUUGAUGACAUUGCUAUAACUCAUGUUUCAUUUGGACGCGAAUUUCUCCAAGCUGUCGAAUUGAAACAGAUAGCACAACUAGAAGCUGAGAAAGCGAGGUUCUUGGUGGAGAAAGCUGAGUACAAGAAGAAGGCUGCUGUUAUAUCAGCUGAGGGUGACUCCAAGCAAGCGGUUCUCUUGGCUCAGGCCUUCGGAAAGGCUGGUGAAGGUCUCGUGGAGCUGAGGAGGAUAGAAGCAGCUGAGGACAUAGCUUACCAGCUGUCGAAGUCGAAAAACGUGACUUAUUUGCCGGAUGAUGGAUUUGUUAAUGUUAAGAAUUAGUUGUAAGUUGUUUUGUAAAGGUUUUAUUUUCACUUUUUUUAUUUUAAUUAGAUGUUGAUCUGAUGAUGAUGACUUGAUGGUUUAGAAAACUAUGAGGCCAGAAAUCGGAAAAUAUUGAGAUAUCCGAAAAAAAUAUUGUAGAUUUUGUCCAGUUGUGGGUAUUCUCUUUUCGUAGCAAGAAGCAUGAAUAUAAAAAUAUUGAUAAUAAAUAAUCAAUAAA